CGGCCAGCUUGGCCCAGCCCCCCGGAUUAGCGAGGGCGCGGUCUAAGCCUCUUUGCUGCCGCCGCCCCCGGCAUGGCCCGGCAUGGACGCCGGCGGCGCUGAGCGGCGCGGAGGAGAGCUAUGCCUGCAGGUGGGCGACGCCGGCCUGGGCGGCCUCAUCCUGCUGCUGCUGACGGCCCGGCCGGGACCGGGCGAUGGGGCUGCCCGCGGGGACCCCCCCGAGCCCGGCGGGUCGCGGGGGCCCCUGGCACGCUCCUUGCAGCGGGCAGAGGCGAUGCUGCGCAGUGUCACCCCGGGACUGCGCCGCCUGCUGUCCCCGCGGUCGAGCCGGCGCGGUGACGGCAACGAGGACGACGACGAGGACGAGGAUGAAGCAGCGUCCAUCGUGGUCCCGCUGGAGCAAACCUUCCCGGCGCUGCGCCGCUGCCUCUGCGUCUGGGAGGACCCUCGCACCGAGACUUUCCUGGGGUACGUGCGGCCCCAUCCCGGCGGCGCCGGUGACUUUUCCGAGGACGCCGUGCGGCGACGCGUGGCGGAGCGCGGAGCGACCCUGCACGCGCUGCUGCAGCACCGCCACCAGCUCCGCCUGGCCCGCGACUUCACCCGACGCCUCAAGGCCUCCUCCGACUUCCUGCGGCGGCUGCCGGCGUUACCGGGGCCCGGAGAGCCCGGGGAGGCGGCGGCACCGGCGGUGCGGGAGCUGUGCCUGGAGCUGCGGGCGCACGCGGGGCACUGGGCCGCGCUGCUGCGGCGGCUGCGCACGGACACGUGGCUGCGGGCGCUGCCGCGGCACCGGGGCCAGGCCGUGCUGCACGUGCGCUGGGCGCUGCUGCUGCCCGCGCUGGAGGCCGCGCGCCUCACCGGGCGGCACAUCGAGGGACGGCUGCGGCAGCUGGGCCGCCCCGGUACGCCCGCCCCGGCCUCUGAGUGCCUGGCUGACCUCUUCCAGGGGCUGGAGAUCUACAACCGCGUGGUGCGGGAGCUGGCGGAGGAGCUGGGCCCCGAGGUGAAGGCCCCCGGUGCCUUCACGGUGGGCGGGGUGCUGCGGCUGCUGGCGGCCGAGCGCGGUCGGACCGUGGCCGAGAGGCUCCGGCCCCUCUUGUGGCCCUACAGCGAGAACAUCAGGGAUGGACACGUCCGCUGGGAGGAUGUGGGGGUGCCGUGGCCACCGGGGCACGACACAGCUGAGAUGGGCACGGGGAUGGACACAGAACCUUCUGGAGCAGAGGUGCCACCGGCACUGGCGGCUGAGCUGCAGGCACUGUGCCAGGAGGACGAGGAGCUGAUGGGGCAAGUUUUUGGGGCGCUGGUGGCUUCAGCUGACAGCCUGUGGCAACCAGUGCUGUCAGAGAGCCCCGAGGCCCCGGGGCUGCGGCCGAGCAGUGCAGGGGGCUGGAAGGCCGUGCGGUGGCUGGACGCUGCCCGUGGCCCUGUGGCCGCCACCCUGAGUGCCCGAUACCGCCUGCUGCUCUGGGAGGCUGUGGGUGCUGUGCUGGGGGACAGCCCGGGCACCCCUCCUGCCACCCCCAGUGCCACUGUCACCGCGGCGUGGGAGCUGAGCCGUGCGCUCGCCGUUGCCCGUGUGCCCGCUGAGUGCCGGGAGGAGCUGGGGAGGCUCUGCCUGCAGCUGCUCUGCCGGAGCGUCCUCUGCAGCUGGGACACGGAUUUUACCUGUGCUCUGGGCUCAGGGCUGUCAGACAAGUGCUUGGAGGCCCCAGGGGGGUCCUCGGGGCUGGGGUGCAGCCGCACAGCCCAGCAACUCCGGUGCCUCUUCCCGGCCCUGGCACUGGCCCUGCGCUGCCUGCGCCUGCUGCCUGCCCGCCUGCACGCUCCCCCCAGGGGUCUCUGCCUGCGGCUGCAGGUGCUGGGCCGGUGCCUGGCAGCGGUAGCGGCCGCUCACGCGUGGCUGACGAGCCGGGCCGGGCGGUACCUGGCGGCCUGGGCAUUGCCUCAGUUCCUGCUGCUCACCCAGGGAGACCUGCAGGUGCUGAAGGCAGAGGCAGAGCAGCUGAUGCUGCAGGUGAGCAGGACCUUCCCGGAGCCAGGGGACAUUCCUGGGGACAGCCCCCCAGAGCCACCCCCCAGCAUGGGAUCCCCGUGGGAGCUCCAGCUGUGCCAGCAGAUCCGCGAUGUGGCCAACAGCAUCCAGCUCUUCUCUGGGGAUGUGCUCUGGAUGUUCUCCACCAGCUGCAAGCGGCUCUCAGCCGAGAUCUUCGACCAGACGAUGCCUCUGGGCCGGCACUGGCGGCUUGGGCCCCGCGCUGAGCUGCCCAGCUGCCCCAGCGCCUACGCGGCGGCCGCGGUGCAGGCGGUGCUGGGGCAGGUGCUGCAGGGGGCCCAGGCCCUGCCCCACGAUGCCCAGGUGCCCACCCUGGCACGGGUCACCACGGCCUUCCUGGAGGCUUGGAUGGAUCACAUCCUGACCCGCCGGAUCAAGUUCAGCCUGCAGGGUGCCCUGCAGCUCCGGCGGGACUUCGAGGCCGUGCGGGAGUUGGUGUGCUCGGAGCGCUCCGGGCUGGCUCCCGAGGCGCGGCAGGCGCUGCGGGCCCUCUGCGUCUUCCGACACACGGACACGGCCGUGCGCUGCCUCCUGCAACAGCCCGGGGGGCUGGGGGGAACCCCCCGGGGCUGGGGCAGCCUCCGGCGCUGCUGCUCAGACGAAGGCGCCCACCCCCUGGAACCAUCCAUGGACCCUCUCCCUGGCCUGGACCCUCUGGAGGGGCUGGGCCCAGUCCCAGGGACCCCCCCUGCGGCUGCAGAGGCCGAUCUCCCGUCCCGGCCCGAGUCCCCGUUCCCGGGCAGCCAGCAGCAGUGGCUGUCCCUGCGGCUGCACCGUGCCCGCCGCUGGCGUGUGCCAGGGCUGCCAUGCGUGGGGAACAGCCCCGAGGGCUGAGCUGGAAUAAACCUGGAAACACCAUGGC